AUGGCACCGCCGAGCAGCUUUCUUUGGUUUGUUCUUCGUCGCCUGCGGUACGCUGUGCUUUUCUCUAUUGCGCUGCUCGUACUACUGUACGCCAUCUCCUCCAUGUACUACGUGGUGCGCGUUAGUGUGAUCCAGAAUCCCACCCCUUUCGUUCAGAUCGAGCGCGAUACCGAUGGCCCCACUCAACCCCUGAUGUCUCCGGCUGUGCCCAUGAGCGAAGACACCGCUGCCAGCCUCAGUGUUGCCGAGGGUGGUGAGGCAACGCUUCGCGGUGCCCGGCACUGCAACUCCAACCCACCGUACACCCACAUGUACAAGGUUCUGCGUCCCGGCACGCCUAUGAUCAAGCAGUGUCUGCGCAACCCCACCCUUCCGGCGGACGUACCGCUCUGCAGCAACAACGCAGGGCACGCCUCCGCGGAGCGUUGUGGUGGCCUAUGCGACGCCGUGCCGUUGCGUCAGCGCUAUGUGCUGGACAAGCUGCAGUUGGGCAUGUCCUACAUGAUACGGCUCAGCUUUUUGGGCCCACCAAGCGUUGGCUUUGACCUGGUGCUCUAUCAAGUGCGCCGCUCUAGUGUGGUGCGCUUUGUAGAAGGCAACGACGACGUCGCAGGUGUGCCCUCUCCGAGAGUUCGAGGCUGGUCAGAGGAGCCGCAGGACACGGAGUUGUUAGUCUUUGUCACCAGCCGAGACAACGCGCUUGAGUUCAGCAUGGAGGAGAACGUGUGGGUAGACAGAGCGGACAUCGAUAGCACAGCGAGUGGCAGCAACUUUGACACCACCACGAUGCAUGGCGUUAUCCGCGCGGCGUCGGACACCAAUGACCCCUUUGUGCCGGUCGUCGAGGUGCAGCCACGUGCGCUGUCCAUUCCGGUGGACGCCUACCGUCUUCCCCUCGUUUGCUUCAACAUGGAGCUGGAGCAACUGGGCUCGUUCUUCCUGCCGUCGAUGGCUGUGCCCUUAGCGUCGUACGUCGUGUGGGCACUUGUCUUUGUUGGGUACCUCGGCAUUUACACAUUUGUGAGCAGCGGCAUCGCUGGCGGCGAAGGAGCCAAGCAGCACCUCAACUAA